AUGAGUGAACGGGAAUUAAUCACAUUAGCCUUUGGCAACUACGCCUCUCUGGUGGCUGCCCAAUGGGCCAAUGGCACCUCACAGUUCGACACUACACACUCGACUCUUUAUACACAACGCCGAGCUCAGAGAGUUCGCGGCGGUUCCUCAUCUCAACAACGCACAGACGCCGAAGUGAGUGUGCCGAGACUUGUACUGUUAGACGCCCCGCACGCCACGCGGUUAAAAGACACUUGUCGUUUGAAUAAGAAUAGAAACAAUCGAUAUGAUAAUGAGGAGGAGGAGGAAACACAAGGCAUCCGUGGAAAGGAGAAACGUCCAUUAACAUUAGAGGAUGAUAUGGCACAAGUGGAAUUGUCUAGUACAUCUUCACUAUCAUCCACUCCUCGAGGAGAAAAUGAAGAAGUAGAAGAACAAUCACAACAAGAGGAUGAAGAGGAUAAACUACAUUCCUAUACUACAUAUAGAGAUCCUAAUGGGGAACUUAUCUCAAAGAAAGAAAUGAAGCGCAUGUUAUUUAAUGAACGGGAUACACUUAUUCUAUGGUGGCAGUAUAUUCGUAGUGGAUUGGAUGAACGUAGUGUACAUGUACUUCAUCCACUGCACGGUAUGCACGCUACUGCUGGUGAUGUGCCACUUUUACAUAACUUUGGAUUUGGACUUUCACAAUUGCGUUCUACUACUAAUCAUGAUAUUGCCGGUGUGGGGGAUAGUCUUCGUCAACAAUUGGAAGAUGCCAAUUUACUGCAGGGUGUGCAGUGUUUUGUAGAUGGGGAUUCCGCCUUUGGUGGAGCUGCCUGUAAUGUAAUGAAUGAACUAUGGGAAGAUGUGGGAAGCAAAAUGCCAGCUGUCUUCUUUACAUGUUUUCAACCAUUACCAGAGGAGAUCUUAACAUGUCCUGAUAUGCAGAAUAAUAAUAAUAAUAAUAAUAAUAAUAAUCUUAUGGAUAUUGUAGAUGUGGGAAAACGACGUAGAGAAGAAAUGUGUCUUAAUCGAUUAUUAGCCACUUCACAUAUGACCCGACAUGAUAGUGCUGUAUACAUUCCAUUGGAGUUAAGCCAAUGGGAUUCUUUCUUUGCCAAACCAGUGCCGGGAACAGAAACAGAAACAACGAUGCAAAUGGAAAUCCCUUCAUGGCUUCAAAAUGAUACAGCCACUGCACAAAUGAUUGCAACUCUAGCGGAUACUUCUCUGUAUGGAAUUCGAGAUAAUGGAACUUCUCAGACUAAAGUAAAUGGACCUGCAUAUUAUUUACAGGAUUGGCAAACAGCCGUUCGACCUACACGAUCUAUGCGUGUGGCUGCAGCUCUAACGGCAAUGCCAUUACGUGUAUAUGAUUCUAGUAAUCCUAAAAAUGAUCUUUGGAAUUUUAUGCAGCGUAAUCCAUUAUUAGGAUCUUGGGAAAAUAAUAAAUCUCAUCUUGGCACUUUUACUCCACUCACACACUCUAUUUGUUUAGAUCCACAUAGUGAAGCUGGUCGUGUUUUGGGUCAUGCAUUAACUUUACGAGGUGCUGGUCCAUUAAAGGAUCUUACAUAUCCUCGACAGGAGGCUCUCUUGCGGUAUGGACUUCCACUGCGCACAUCCAACUAUUUACCACUUGUUACGGAUAAUAAUUAUCCCAUCUCCUCUACAUUCCCAGAGGAUUUUGUCAUUCCACGGGAUAUUAUGCGUUCAGGGGCAUUGAAAGGUGUGGAUGUGGCCUCUCAUGUUAUUUCUACAUAUGGAUCUGCGCCUAUGCUGCAGGGUUUGGUAACGGCAGCGCAGAAAGUAUUACGUUAUCGUCGGCAUAUAUAUGAAGAGACGUAUAAUAUAGAUACAGAUGAAUGGAAAGAAGUUGUGGAGGACGUUCUGCAGAUUGUAGACGAUUACAAUCAUGCAGACCAUGAUGAGAAUGAUGAGGAUAUGGACAACUGA